CGGCCAAAACCCUUUUCCUAAAACCUCACUCUCUGGUGAGAUCUUACCAGAGACAAAGAACAUGUCCUCUUCCAGAAUCUUCCUAGUCGGAAACUCAUUCUUCCGACCACAAAACCCCUCCUCCUUUCCACUCUCUCUCAAUCGCUUCCCCUCUGUUUCUCUCAACCGCCUCCGCUGCUUCUCAAAUGAAACCGCCACCGCCUCCGUGGAUUCGGAUUCUCCGUCGUCUCAAUCUCCCCAUCCAUGGCCAGAGUGGAUAAGCUUCGUCGACCGCCUGAAGACGAAAGGCUACUUCACCAAAAACAUCGAAGACGACACCGUUUAUCAAGAAAUGAACGUUGUCAAGGACGCUUGUCUCAGCUUCGCUCGCGAUCGCUACGACGUUCUUAGAUCCUUGUCGUCGGGAGAUAUACAAUCUCUCGUGGAGCGUGGUUGCCCUAAUCUCUUUCGCAAAACUGUUAACUCAUCCAAGAGGAUUCGAGCUCAUGUUAAAUUAGACGAAGGAGAUGUUUGUGGCUCUUGUGAGCUUCGUGGCUCUUGUGAUAGAGCUUACGUGAUACUCAAGGACUCUGAAGCUGAUGCUCGGACUGUUGAUGUCAUGCGUUUGCUACUGUUCAAUGCGCUUGAUUCUGUUGUUGUCUCUCGAGGAGAGAUUUCACCGGGGAAGGAACUUGUUCAUGAGUCUGCAAGAAGACUUCUUUUGGAGUUGCUUGAGCUCAGUGAGAAGCCUGUAAAUCCUGUUUUGCCCAAACCUGCGGCGGCCAAGGUAGCGUUGCCUCCUAAGGAGAGAGUUUUUAAAUCUAGGAGUGAUGAGCCUUCUCAACGUGUUCGGUCUCAGUACAAUGCAGACUGGGCGUGUCCUAAAUGCGACUUUUUAAACUUUGCGAGAAAUGAAAGAUGCCGAGAGUGCAAUGAAGUCGCUGACAGACGAUCUGUUGCUGCUGUUGUCAAGGAAGGAGACUGGCUAUGUCCUGAGUGCAAUUUCUCAAACUUCUCAAGAAACCAGAGCUGUCUGAAAUGCAAAGCAAAGGGACCGAAGAGAAGUUCAAUGGAGAAUAUUGAAAUGAAAAAGGGAGACUGGAACUGCUCUGGGUGUGGAUUCAUGAACUUUUCUAGCAACAAAAAGUGUAAACAGUGUCGGGAACAACGUCCCCAAAGGCAACUUGAGCCUGGAGAAUGGGAAUGUCCCUCAUGCGACUUCUUGAACUAUAGGAGAAACAGUGUUUGCAAGAAGUGUGAGUGCAAACGACCCAGUGAAUCCAACAACCAUGAAGAUGAUCAUUCAUGGAAGCGACCUGCCUUGCUCUAAAUUUUUGCCUUUAGCCUUUUUGUAAACUUUUGAUUUUUGAACUUACCAGCUUGCUACUUCCUCUCGACUUAUCCUUUCUUUUUCUUCAUUAAGUUCCCAAAUUUCUAAACAGAUGAAAUAAUCAAAGUAGAUCGAUAAUGGAAAGCGAGUCUAUUGUCACAUUCAUCUUCAAAGCUUUAUUGUAUACGUGUGUAAACUA